UUAAGUAGAAGUCCUGAAGUGUCCACGCAGACCAAAACUCCACCUCUGCUAACGAUCCAUCCAUCCGAGUAUCAAAAGCUCCGCAUUAGCAGCCAGGUGCACACCCCCUCUAUUGUCUGGAUGGGCCUUAAAGAGCCAAGCCCAACUUUUGAGCCCUUCAUACCUGAUUUGACCGACUAAGCUGCGUUCCCAGCACGUAUCAUGUCCACCUCCAGCAACAAGUUCCGAGGUCAGCUUCCACCUGGCCUGGGCGGCGUGCGCCACAAAGUCCUCCGGAGCAGCACCACCUAUCUGGCCCGGAUCGCCAUCAUCCUCCAGGACGCCCCGGAUAAAAUGCUCACAUUUGUGCAGCUAAUGGACAGGAUGGGCCCGCUGGUCCGAGAGGACAAGAAGUCCAUCGAGAACAACGUCAGAGUAUGUUUGUCCACCAACAAGUGCUUUGUCAAGAUUCCUUUGGUUCCCGACUGCCUGGGCAGCAAGCGCAACUUCUGGAAGCUGGACCUGAGUCACAUCACCACCAAAAUGGUGCGCCGUCACUUUCAGGACAUUCUGGAUUUCUUCCCUGAGCUGAGCGGCCGCAGUAAGGACGGCACGUGGAGCGCAGCACCGCCGCUGCCGUUACCACCACCACCGCCGCCGCCGCCGCCAUCUGUCCAGAUAAGCUGCGAGGUCAAGUUCAGCGGGCCUUUCUCCAUCGAGUCCCUGCUGAAACGGGACAGCCCUGCCCCCGCCAGAAUCUCGCCGCUCGUCAACGUGCCCGUACAAAGCGACUAUCCUCGUCUUUAUCAUUCUACGCCGGUGGACCAGAAGCGCUGCUUCAGCGGGGAUGAGGAAGGUCUCCUGUCCGGGCACUACCACAGUUCCGUGUCAUGUCCAGCAGGUGGCGCCGCCCACCACAAAACGAGCAAGCAGUUCUGCACCGGACCCUCAUUCCCCACUUACGCAGUCACCCCCUUUAACCAAUCAUACAACCCGUUCCCUACUUAUGAUCCACACCGGUUUUUUUUCUGA